CACUAUUUAACAAUUAUUGCAUUCUGAUGUAAACUUUGGCAAGCACGAACAGUCAAGACAUAUUUAAGCGUAAAAUUUGUACCUUAUUAAAACUUAUCAAAAACAAAAAAAAAAUGAGAUGGUGCUUACUCAUCCUGUGUAUUUCCGUUGGGUUUGCAUCCAAACUACCUGAUGCUAUUCCACGAUGUAGCAAAAGUAAGCCAGAUUUUAAAGAAUGCGUACAAAAAUCAAUGGAAAUCGGCAUGCGAGUCUUAGCUUCAGGAAACAAAGAACUAGGACUGCUACCCAUUGACCCGCUAUUUAUAAAAGAUAUGAAAAUUUCUUCACAGGGAAGUUCUGUCACUCUCGAGCAGAAAUACCAUAAUAUAAAUGUUCAUGGAAUGACACAUACCGACAUUAAAGCUGUAAAAGCUGAUUUCACAGAUAAGUGUGAAUAUUAUAUCGAGGUAUACUCGCCCGCAUUAAGAAUGGAAGGAGAGUACGAAUUAAAUGGGAAAAUAUUGGUAUUUCCUUUAAAUUCAAAAGGAAAAUGUAACGUAACUUUAGUGGAAAACAAUGCUGUCCAUGCAAUGCAGUGUGAAAGGUAUCAGAAAAAUGGUAAAACGUAUAUGAAAUGGACCAAUUAUACCAUAAUAUUAAAUCCAACCAGGAUGGUAUACGAUUUUGAUAAUCUAUUUCCGGCAAAUCCACAGAUAGAAAAUGAAAUUAAAAAAACACUUAAUGAUAAUAAUCUUGCAAUAUUUAACGAAGUAAAACCAUCGUUUGAACGUAUAUUUAAUAUUAUAUAUCUGAAUAAUGGCAACAAAAUAAUGUCCAAAGUUCCGAUAGAAGAAAUGGUCCUUCCUUAAUUGUCAAGUCAAUACAUAUUAGAUUUAAUUGCAUUCUAAAUGUGUUUUAAUAAAUGUUUUGUUGUC